AUGUCGCUCGACGCCCUCCCUCCCGAGUGCAGCGAGUGCGUCGCCCUGACGCUGCGCGAGCCCCGAUCCAUCCUCAGCCUCACCGCGUCAUGCCGCACACUGUACGACGCCCUCCGCUCCUCGCGGCUCCUCUGGCGCACGCUCUGCCUCGAGCUGCUCGGGGCGCCGCUCGUCGACCUGCACCUCACCGCGUGGGGCUGCUCCGGCGCGGACCCGCGCUUCUUUCGACGCCUCUACCGCGCCGCCUCCCGCGGCGACGAGUUUGUGUAUGCCAACAAGCUCCGCUCCGAGAUGAUCGGCGACUCCGAGCAGCUGGAGGCGGCUCUGGCCGCCACCGGGCACACGUCCACCGGCGCCGGAGGCUUCGUGGCGCUCGUCGGCGGCUGGCGACCCGACUGCUCGGAGCCGGUCCUCCAGACCGCCCUCGUCGACCUCUCCCGCCGGCGGUUGCGCCACCCCAGCCUCGCCGCUGGCUCUGCCACGCCCGCCCGCCGCAUGCGCCACGCCGCCUGUUCCGUCGCUCGACCGGCGUGGCUCCCGCUGCCGGCCGGCCAGCGCCCCGCCCCCCUCGUCCUCGUCCUGGGCGGCGCUGCGGACGGCGGCCCGCCGCCGGAGGGGAUGCCGGACCUGCCUCGCGGCGCGCCCAUCCCCGGCGGGAUCCGGCGGCUCCUCCUGCUCGAGGUGGCUGCGCCGGACGGCUCGCUCGUCAAGUGGCACGAGACGGAGGCGGCGGGCCAGGCGCCGGGCGGCGGCAUGUGGCACCACCAGGCGGGCAGCUUUGCCGGCGGCACCCGCGCCGUCGUGUUUGGCGGCGACGUGCCUCCCGACGACCCCGAGCACGUGUACGUCCUCGACCUCCCCACCCGCAGCUGGGCUCGCGUCGGCACGAGCGGCUCUGCGCCCAGCUGGCGCUCGCUCCACUCGGCCGCCGUCUUCCGCGCCGACGCCGCGACGCGCCGCGACGCGCUCGUCGUCCUCGGCGGGUCGGACGAGCACGUGCAGCCCUUCUCGUCGGGCCCGUGCGACGACUUUGAGCCUCGCGUCCUCUGCCUCACCACGUUCGAGUGGCACGGCCCGGCGGACCUCGACGAGCAGGGCGCGGGCGGCUCUUCCGGAAGCGAGCCGCCCGUGCGGUGGACGCCGGUGCCGCGCAUGCGGUUCGCGGUCGGCGUGUACGGCCAGCGCCUCGUCGUCUACUCUGGGCACGGAGGCGUCCCUCUCCCGACGCGGGAGCUCCACCUGCUGCUCGACUUGCGCUCGCUGCGCUGGUCGAGGCUCACCCCGCGCAACCGCCCGUCCUCGCUCGCCAACACGCCCGCCGCCGCCAUGAGCUGCGGCGUCAUCGCCGGCGGCGUCCAGAUGGGCUACUUUGGCAUCCGGCCGUGCCCGAAGCUCGACGUGCUGCUCCUCGCCGAGCCGCCCGCCGACGGAGACCCAGCCGCCGACCCCGGCGCCGCGUGGGAGGGGGCGCCCCGGGCCGCGCCCGCCGGCGCUAGCGGAGCACGGCACGCGGAGGCGGCCAGCGGCGGUGACGACGACGAGGAGGAGGAUGAAGACGACGACGACGACGACGACCGCGUCGUGCGCGUCAACGUGCAGAGCUCCGAUGGCACGCAGCGCGAGUUGCUGCUGCCCCUCAGCUUCGUGGUGGCCUUCAUGCGACAGCAGGAGUCGCAGCAAGGCGAGGGGGAGGCUGGCGGGGAGGGGACGUCGGAGGAAGAGGCUGGCGGGGAGGCGGCGGCGUCGGAGGAAGAGGUUGCGACCGCCUCCUCGGUUGGCGACGCGGCGGCGGACGCCUUUGCGGGUCUCAUGAGAGAUUUGGACUAG